ACAUAUAGAAACAAGCUGUCGAGAGAUCCGUGUCUGGUACCUUCUGGGCUCGCCUAAUCAUCAUCAGCAGCAGCGUUCAAGGAUGAGAAUCUUAGCACCACUAGUAUGAUGAGCUAUUCACUAGACGCGUGGUACUGUCUGCAGGGUUCGGCGGUGCUGGGACAGUCAGCUUGAAUACAAGACAGGCAUCGGUGGCAAGCCGCUGAGAUGUUGGUGGAGGUGUUUCUGUUCGCUGUGCUGGUGUUCCUGCUGUGGAAGACCUUCAGUAAGCCUCCAGGAUUGCCUCCAGGCAAGUGGGGGCUUCCCCUGGUGGGCUACAUCCCCUGGACCAGCAAGAACUUUGAGGAGCAGGUGAUGGACCUCCACCAGCAGUAUGGAAACAUCUUCUUAUGGAGGAUGGGGACACAGUUAAUGAUUUUUAUAAACGACUACAAACUGAUGAAAGAAGCUUUCUCCAGAGCCGAAUUUAUUCCCAGACCAGAUUGGGAUGUACUGACAUUAAUAGAUGAGGCUCCCCACGGAAUCGUUUCAUCUAGCGGCAUUUUAUGGCACAACAACCGCAGAUUUACGCUGCGGCAGCUGCGUGACCUUGGCAUGGGCAAGUCCUCCCUGGUGGGGGCGGUGCAGCAGCAAUGCCUUAAGCUGCGCGAGACACUCGCCAAGGGGGCUGGAACAGCUGUAGUGAUUAACCAUCAGCUUCAUCUGUCUGUGAUUAAUAUCAUCUGGUACAUGGUGGCGAGCAGACAGUUUGAUGCAGAAAACAAAAGAUUACACGAGUUUGUAGACCUUUUAUCAGAUCUAGUUAUACUUUCCAAUCGACUGGCCAUCAAGGACUUCAUGCCGUGGAUGCAGAAUGUCAUGCCGGAUUUCCUCUUUAAACGCCUCAUUAAAUAUCAUGAAAUGAUGGACAUGAAGGAAAAGUUCUUGCAGUUCUUUAGGGAAGAGGUCGAGGAGCACAAGGCCACUUUGGAUCCAAACCACCCGCGGGACCUCAUUGAUAGCUACUUGCUGGAGAUGGAGGCAAAGAAAGAUGACCCGGAAACAACCUGCAGCGAGAGAGAUUUGAUGUUUCUAAUGUUUGAGAUGUUCAGUGCGGGAAGCGAGACCACCUCCAACACCUUCACGUGGGUGUGUUGCUACCUGGCGGCACAUCCGCAGGUUCAGCGCAAGUUGCAUGCUGAGAUUGACGAAGUGCUUCCCAGUGGAGCUCUGCCCACCUUGGCGGAGAAGUCUAGGAUGCCGUACACGGAGGCCGUGAUUCACGAAGUGAUGAGAGCUUGUUCACUGAUAAACUUCGGAGUACAGCACAUGGCCGCCAGUGACACGCAGCUGGGGGGCUACACCAUUCCAAAGGGAGCAGUCGUGAGCACCACCGUCACGGCGAUCCACUAUGACAGUCGCUACUGGGAUCGGCCCGAGGAGUUCAGGCCGGAGCGCUGGCUGGAUGAGAACGGCAAAUUCUCCAUGGUCAAGGAGGGAUUCCUGCCCUUCGGUGUGGGAAAGAGAGUUUGCGUUGGGGAAAGUCUGGCCAGGAUGGAGCUGUUCAUCCUCACAACCAUGGUCUUCCAAAGCUUCGCCAUCGCUCCUCCGCCUGGCAAAUCUGUCAACUUGACACCUGAUUUGAGCGGUUUCUUCUUCCGCAAGGCAAUGCCCAAUGAGUUCGUCUUCACCGCCAGGGAACAGUAAUGGUCGCUAUGGCAAUCAUCAGCCGUCCUGUAAAGUAUGUCAGCAACAACAAAUAUUCUCUCGCCUUAUCUUUAUAUUCCUUCACUUCCUUAUCAUUAACGACACUAGAGCAGGAUAUAAGUACAACCCUAACAAACCCUAACAACAGAAACGCACCUCAUAAGUCACAUCACGCUUCUCCUCAUCUACAUUCACUACAUUCUACCUCUCACGCAACACUGACCACCAUCACCACCACCGCCGCCAGCCGGUCUGCUCCGUGCAAUGCCGUUUGGUCUUGCCUUACCGUGCCGUGCAGUGCCGUGCCGUGCCGCAGAGUCCCUGAACGUAACUUGAUGACACGCGCCAAUCGAUUUCGCUCCCCAGCCGGCAUGGCAUUAUGGAACGGACACGAAGCAUUGUGAAAAAUAAGAAGGCAACGAGGGAGACGGGAGAGAGCUCAGUCGGUUGUUGUAGCAUUAGUGAGUGGAGUCUGUUGGUUGGCAGUGUGUGAGUGUGGGUGCGCUGCAGUGGAGUGUUCGGCAGCUUGGUACAGUGGAGUGGCCCAAAGUUAGCGUUCUUGUCCACCAGCGGCACGAUACUUAGCUUUUCAAGACGACAUAGUAAGUCCAUAAAGUUUUGUGUUUACUCCUCGUAGCUCCGCAGUGGGUAUUCUAGCGUGACAUCCUUGUCGUGAGCGUUAUUUUGUAUAUUAACUUCUUGUUGCUGUUUUUCUCAGCUUUUGUUGUUAUGUUGUCUGUUCGCGUUGUAACCAGGCUUCAUCUUGGUUUGGAUUAUGUCAUUCAUGCACCACAGCCCUGUUUUACACACUAGGGAUCCUAUAUUUGCUACUCUGGACUCUGCGAUUUUUCAACGUUCAGGAAAACCUACCAAAUUUCUUCCCUUUUUCGUUCCAUAUAUAGUAGGGUAAAAAGCAAAUGCCCACCGUAUACGACAUCUAUAUAUAGAACACACACACACACACACACACACACAGAGAAGCCUCAAGUGCUACGGCAUUGAUUCGUUGUGUCAGUUGAACAGCUAAGACUCAGUCACUCUCAGCCAACCAGAGUGAGCCUCGAAAAAUAAGGUGCGGUUCUGCGUGUCAAAUGAAUCGAUCCUGAGGCGUGACUGAUUCGGAUUCAGCCUUUGAGCCUCCUUGGUCUUUCCCCAGCACAAUUAUUAGAGCAGUAAGAGGACAUGAUAAUAAUGAUGCCACUACUACUACUACUACUACUACUACUACUACUACUACUACUACUACUGCUGCUACUACUACUACUACUACUACUACUACUACUACUAGUGCUACUACUACUACUACUACUAGUACUACUACUUAUGAUAAUACGCUUAAGACUUAACUGGGAACAUUUUACAGCGAUGUUAAAUUGUGAGUGAUAACAAAUGGAUAAAUAAAGUAAGAAAUAAAAUAAA